AUGUUCCGUCGACUGGGUUUCGCAUUCUCGGCGAGGCGCAAUGUUGCGACAAUGGCGACACCUACCAGUAUCCCAAGCGAGCCUUUACUGGUGAUUCUUGGUUCAACAGGAACCGGGAAGUCAGAGCUAGCUGUUGAGCUGGCCACCAGAUUUCGCGGGGAGAUUAUCAACGCCGACGCCAUGCAGCUUUAUAAUGGACUUCCGAUUAUCACCAACAAAAUCACCGUCCCCGAACAAAAAGGCAUUCCUCACCAUCUUCUUGGCCACAUUUCUCUUCACGAAAUGCCCUGGGAUGUCGACGAUUAUACACGACAGGCGAAAAAGACGAUUCAAGAGAUUCGUAGCAGAGGGAACCUACCCAUCGUUGUCGGAGGCACACAAUACUAUGUCGACCCUCUCAUCUUCAAGGAAGUCACCCUUGGCGACCUGUACUCAAACGAAACGGUGACUUUCCCGAUUUUGGAUGAGCCGACGGAAGUGAUUCUGGCCGAACUACGCAAGGUCGACCCCGCAAUGGCGAGCAGGUGGCACCCGAACGACAGGCGGAAGAUCCAGCGAUCCCUUGAAAUAUAUCUUCGCAGCGGGAAGCCCGCCUCGGAGUUCUACGCUGAACAGCAGGAACGCAAAGCCACCCUCAUCAGUAAUCUGGAGCAGAGCCCCUGGGAAAAUCUGAUGUUCUGGGUAUAUUCAGACCGUGAGGUUCUCAAGACCAGGCUGGAUGGGCGUGUCGAGAAGAUGCUCGACACCGGCUUGCUGGAUGAAGUACGCGAGUGCCAUGAAUUCAAACGUGGUAGAGAGGCAGCGGGCUUCAAGGUUGACAUGACCCGUGGGAUAUGGCAGUCGAUUGGCUAUCGGCAGUUUGAACCAUAUCUGGAUGCUGCGUGCAGGGGCGAAGACGCUUCAACGUUGGAAGAGCUGAAGGCGACGGCACUUGAGGACAUGAAAGUAGCCACGCGCCGAUAUGCAAACUACCAAAACCGCUGGACUCGUCUCAAGCAGUUUCCGCUCCUCGUAGAACAGGGACCGGAAGCAGUGGACAGCCUCUACCUCCUUGAUAGUUCUGACGUCUCUCAUUACAAGGACAAUGUCGUAGAACCGGCCGCUGCCAUAACGGCGCAGUUCCUCAAAGGUGAGCAGAGGCCGCAUCCAGUAGAUAUAUCGCAACUAGCGCGUGAGGUGCUCUCUACUGCUAGAGAGCCUCCUCCCAAGGCUGUACCUUGUGAACGAACAUGCGAAAUCUGUGGCACAGUGGCAACCACAGAGGAGAUGUGGCGAAGACACGUUAGAGGAGCAAGCCACAAAAGGGCGAUGAAGAAAAGAAAGAGGCUGGCUUUGGUGCCUGUGGAUCAACCUGGGGAUGGAAGCGAAGAUCCUACGAGCGAGCGAAGCUCGAGUCCCGAGUUAGGAUCAAUAUUCUCCUGA